CCGCCCGGGUUGGCUGCCGCCCGGCCGCCCCGCUCGGUCCGCCCCGCUGGGUGGCUCGGCCCCGGCAGGAGAGCGAAGAUGGCGACGCGGGCGGGCGGCUUCCCGGCCAGGCAGUGGCUGCGGGCGCUGCGCGGGGGAGACCCCCGGCCCGGAGCCCGGGGUUAUUCCAAAGAUGCUGAAAGUAGCUGGUUCCGCUCGCUCUUCGUCCACAAAGUGGAUCCCCGGAAAGACGCCCAUUCCAACCUCCUGUCCAAGAAAGAGACCAACCACCUGUACAAGAUCCAAUUCCACAAUGUGAAGCCCGAAUGCUUGGACGCCUACAACAAACUCGCGGAGGAAGUCCUUCCCAAGCUACAUUCCGACUCCGGGUAUCCGUGUGAACUGGUUGGCAACUGGAAUACCUGGUACGGCGAUCAGGACCAGGCAGUUCACAUCUGGAGAUUCGUCGGCGGCUACUCAGCCCUCAUGGAGUCCAUGAACAAGCUGAGGGAGAAUCAGGAAUAUUUACAAUUCCGUAAAGAGAGGAGUCAGAUGCUCCAUUCCCGAAGGAACCAGCUGCUCCUGGAGUUCAGUUUUUGGAAUGAGCCUCUGCCCCGCGCCGGGCCCAACAUCUACGAGCUGCGAACCUACAAGUUGAAGCCGGGGACCAUGAUUGAAUGGGGAAACAACUGGGCUCGGGCAAUUAAACAUCGUCAAGAUAACCAGGAAGCGGUGGGCGGCUUUUUCUCCCAAAUUGGAGAGCUAUACAUCGUACAUCACUUAUGGGCCUACAGAGAUCUGCAAUCUCGAGAGGAGACGCGGAACGCUGCCUGGAGGAAGCGAGGAUGGGAUGAAAAUGUUUAUUACACAGUUCCUCUCGUUCGGAGCAUGGAAUCCAGAAUCAUGAUCCCAUUGAAGAUUUCCCCGUUGCAGUGACCCGUCUUCCCUGGGCAGCGCAAGGCUCAGCCGUUACCCAAGAGAAGAAGGGAAAAAAAAAAUUCGUUACAUUUCCUCCCCAGUCCCUCUAAUAAUCUUCGUUACAUCCCGAUUUUCUAACGUUUUCUGCUUUGUAUAGAGCUGGGUUGCUCCACCUAGAGUGCUUGUGCGGACUUCAACUCCCAGAAUUCCCCAGCUAGCACGCUUUCAAGAAAGCAGGAACUUCAACUCCCACAAUUCCUGAGUCGGCGUGGCCGGCCGGGCAAUCCUGGGAGUCAAAAGUCCGCACAACUUAAAGCGUCACGGAUCCCCGACUCCCUGACCACAGCCUAUUUGUAACCGGGCCGCGGGCCGGCGCACGCACACACACACACAGCUCAACUCGUGCGUGCGGUGGGCCAGUGUGCGUACACACACAAUUGAGCUGCCUGUGUAUGCGUGUGCAUGCUACCCCACCACUCACGUGGCCCGGUUCCGGGAGUGAAAUGCUACCGGUUCGGACUGGUUCUCCCGAACCGGUAGUAAUAAAAGGUACCGGUUUGGGUGAACCGGUAGUAAAAAAAAAAUAAUGCUACCAGUUCGGGCAAACCGGUAUUUCUGAUGAUCAGCUGUGCCGCGCGAUGUCUGUUCGCUAGAAAGCAGGAAAUCCUGCCAAUCUAAAAUAGUGCGGCACAGCUGUUCCCGCUUCCCUCGCUGUUCUACUUACUUUAGAAAAAGGUGCUUAAUCCUCCUUUUUCAGCACUGCGCUGUGCCUGCAUGUUUGGCGUUCACACACCGCGCAUGCGUGCACAAAAAGAACCAGUAGUGAAGUGAAGAGGUAGCAGAUUUCAGAGCAUUUCACCCUUGCCUGGUUCCCCUCUUUCUCCACCAUCCCAAGCCGGGCCGCCAAGUUGCAAAAAUCGGGGACCGCUGCCCUAGGUUGAGAAACACUUAUCUAGAGAGAUUUCUGUCCUUUUUUUUUUUAAUCAUUCCAUUCUAUUUUUUUCUUCCUGCCAACAUGUUAAUUUCCAACCUUAGCGGUGAGUCCUGCUCUUGUUUCUUCAGAGAAAGAGGAAAAUCAAAUAUUUGACCAAUGGCCAUUGUUACACCUUGACAGUUGUCCUUGGUGUCGGCGGUGAGGGAUGGAUGCUUUUUAAAAAAUGUUAGGUACCGGUUUCUCUUGCCUAGCGUCCGGCCUCUUUCCUGGAGGGGGGAGGCGAGCCCCUCCCCACCCACCCACCCAGCCUCCUUUUAAGAAGGAUGAGCAUUCUGCCAUUUGGGAGCAUGGAUGUGGGCUAGCCAUCGCUGCGGAUGUUCCUGGCAGGCGUGUGAGAUGGAGCCACGUAAAGAGAAUGGAUGAUGACAGUAGCGAUAAUAAUAAUAAUAAAAGUCUGCUUUUCAAGGGCCGUGCGACCUGCCUUAUUGCACAUGUAAAUUAAAUGUUUAACAUACUGAUCUGAGAUGCGCUGUUAAGGAUUUAGGAUUGAGAGGUUGGGGCAGAAGCUGUUGUGACCGGGGCCCGAGUAGGUAGUAGGAAACUCAGUCUGUGAAGAAACGAACAAACUUUAUGCGAACAGCUGAGAAUGACUUCAUUCUCAGCGUCGUUCAACGCAAAUUAAAACAAAUUCCUCCCAACACAAAUUCCUCAGUUAUCUCACAAACCUUGGUCCAAUUAGGCAAACUGCCAAAGGCCUUUCUUGGCAAACGUUCAGAAGUCACAAAAAUAAAGGCAAGAUGUAGACGAGGCAGAAGGCAAAGCUACCAAUGUAGGGCCUCUGGUGGCUCAGCAGACUAAGUCUGUUAUUAACAGCAGCUGCUUGCAAUUACUGCAGGUUCAAGUCCCACCAGGCCCAAGGUUGACUCAGCCUUCCAUCCUUUCUAAGGUCGGUAAAAUGAGGACCCAGAUUGUUGGGGGCAAUAAAAGUUGACUUUAUAUAUAAUAUACAAAUGGAUGAAGACUGUUGCUUAAUACUGUGUAAGCUGCCCUGAGUCUUCGGAGAAGGGCGGGAUAUAAAUGCAAAUUUAAAAAAAACAAAAAACGUUGUUUUCCGGCAAAGCCCAAACGCCAUUGAUGGUCUGUUUAAAGCCUUAUGGGUUUUAAGCUCUGUUGGGGAUCUUCUUUUCUGAAGCUCUGAAGCUUCUUUUAGCCUCUGAAACCUCAGUUUGAGAAGCUGGGUAGGGCUGCAUUCAGAGUAUAAGACACACCCAGAUUUUCACCCUCUUUUUUGGGGGAGAAAAGGUGCCUCUUAUACUCCAAAAAAAUACGGAAACCUGUGGAACAGCUUGCCACCGGAAACUGUGGGUGGUCCAUCACUGGAGGUUUUCAAAGGUAUAAUGAGGACCCAGAUUGUUGGGGGCAAUAAAAGUUGACUUUGUGUAUAAUAUACAAAUGGAUGAAGACUAUUGCUUAACACAGUGUAAGCCGCCCUGAGUCUUCGGAGAAGGGCGGGAUAUAAAUGCAAAU